CGCGGUCUUUCAUCGCCGAUAAGAGGGUCCCAAAAGACCAGGCUGCUUGUUGUAAUUUGUCUCGGCCUCGUUUGUCUUACUAGCGAGAACCACUGUGGUUAGGCCAGAGCACGCAAGACACGCAACGACGAUGCUGAGCAAGGCCAAGACGUUUGAGGCCCUGUAACGGACAACGGAUAGUGGGGCGGAGACGCCGCCGCAGUGCUUGGGGCUGGUUUGUUGCAUGAAUCGGGACGAUUCGUGCUAUCGAAGCCUGAUGGAAGCUUUUUGCCCUGCAGGUUCAACGCUGUGCCGAGCGUCUGUGCUGCGUGGCGUCGUAACGCCGAGAAUUGAUGACGGUAGUACGGAUAGAUAGAUAAACAUCCGCAAGUACCUGAGCAUCUCCAUUAAUAAAAAAAAAGUGACGAUGAUUGGAAUUGCUUCAUUUCAAGAUCGUUAAUUGGCAUGGCCCCCUAGGAAAAGUUCGUGUUGGCCACGGCAGGGUAAGCAUGUGCACCAGCCAAAUGGUGUCAUCGUUGAGCACCUUCUAUGCAUGCAUGUAUUGGACCUUCUCCAAUUACGUAGGAUACGAACCGGAAGGCACAGGCAAUUCAGCUGCUAAAGAUAAACCCGUAGCAGUUACUUCACCUCAACUUGGAACUACCUACCCGUACCUUAGAUGAUAGGUGUCGUUAUCCCUGAGAAUGAGUAAAUCUAUCAGUCUCUUUCCGACAUCACCAGUCAAUCAAUGGAUGUCACAAUGCCUCGAGUCAGAGACAUUAAAGCCGGUCUAUUAUCGUGGAAGGGGCUCUAAUGUACUGUACGUACCUCAUCAAAGAACAUUGAGGUAAGACCGACAUAUACGACCCCCACGCCGAAACCCCCAAUACCAUUGGAUUUGCAAGACUAACUAGGUACUCCUUGGUUCAUCCUUUGAGCUAUUCAACCUUGAUUCAAGGAAUCAAGGACAGUAAUAAAUUCUGCAAACGGCGGAACCAAAUCAUGGCAGGAAUGCAUCGAGUUUGGCAAUGGCUUGCGACCUCGAAACUCUCUUGUCUAUUCUUCUUGCGGCUCCGCUAAUCUCUAGUCAUUUUCUCAGGGAGGAUAAGUACAUAACCUUGUGGCGCUCGGUCAUAGCACGGGAUGUUUCCUGUCGUGAUUGAAUAUUCGCUAUCGGGUCGUUGCUUAUCUACGAAACGAAGCGCUCAGCCAGCCGUAUUUGUCACAUUAUCCCAUCGUGGGCACUGAACUGACGCCUUUGUCGCCGUACAGGCUGUAUGAUGAAACUUACUUGCUAUUCUGAUGAUCUUGCGCGCCCACGGCAGUAAUUGCUACUUAUCAUAUGAUUCUCAGCCAUAGCACAACGAUUGGCACACGCACUGGACAUACGGAACAUGCAGUUCUAGAAUUCGGGGGCACGGCACGAGACCACUCCUACGACACCCUUCUGCCUCCCUCAGGUCUGGAUUGGGAGGCCCCAGACUUUGAACGGAACGGCCCCUGUCCCGGAAUCUCUUGGAGGUUAAUUCAUACCCGGCACUAUUGGGGUAAACAUGUCGAAGAUAUGCGCUGAUUCGAUCUAGAUCACAAUAAUCAGGCCAGGGAAGGCAGAAUCCAGACUCGCCUUUAGCCGGACAAACCAGAACAGUCUGAACUAUGUAUGCAUAUGGUGAAGGUCCAUCCUCUUGACAGUCCUUGCCGACUAUCGGUUACCGGGACCGGGAACAAAUACGAGCUCGCUUUUUACAAUGCGGUUACAGACACCGUUGACUGUGUCUUUCAGUCAAGCAGCUUAACCUGGCUGCCUGGCUAUCUGGCUGCAUUAUGCACUACACUCUGAGUCUCUGACAGCACCCAUGUCACGCCUAACAAGCUAGCCUUCAGCUUGGCUCGUCUCCAUUGAACAAGCGCCCGUCGACGGCCCCUAUACCCGUUGAUAAAGCACCGAGACGACGGGUCACCGACAAGAAGAUCUAGUUAGCUCAUUAGGACCACUCAUGAGUUCGGUUGUGUCUCUUUGGGCUAAUCAGUUUAUCCGUGGCGGUACCACAUCAGUUCAGCCUCAGGUACUCAAACUUUAUCUCAUGAAGGGUACGGAGUAUCGUUUCCAGAUUUCGGCGUUGAUAUGCACGUUCCGGGGAUACAACGGCUCUGCGUCGGCAUGCCAUCGAGAAAGCCACUUCAGGUAAUUACGCCUCGGCAGCUCGGGUUACCUCUUACGUCCUGGCAUAUCACAUACUUGUACAUAACUUAGGGUUUCAAGGCUCCGACAACACAUUUUCGCUAAAGCCUAGCGAAAACAUUCGAUGGAGUCUUUUCUUGCGCUUUUUAUUCUCGAAAAAUGGGCCUUUGAUUCGGGAGCCCCAAGGACCGUACUGGACCCGUUGUAUAUAGCAAUCAGCCUUGUAAAGUACGCAACCUCUGUGAUCACCGCGCCAGGCGUAGAAGUUUUCCAGCUCAGCUUUUGGUUGGUUGAUUUGCUGUAGGCAGGGCCCGGAAAUUCAAGACCGAUAGACGCCAAACACCCGUCAGACACGACACAGAUGUACAAUUGUUUCCCGAGCCAAUCAACCCAUUAACCUAAGUGCCCAAGUAAUGAUUUCGCAACGUCCAACGAGUCACCGUAAGUUCAAAGAUCAACCAGGUCGCUAAAGCAACAUCCAGCAAAUCUCAUCAUGACUUCUCAUGAGAAGCUCAUGACAGCGCAAGAAGUUCAUGAUACAUGCGACAUAACCAAAACCAGUUCCGGCAAUAAUUGACUGAGGCCUCUUACAGCACUGUGACUUCAUGAUACUCUCGAUAUACAGAUAUCAUCGGCUUAUAUCUACACCUCUCUGCCCUGUUGCUGGUGUCAACUGUUUAGCACACGCCAUCAGGAAAGUCAGCCACCGCAUGAUGGUCUGUCCUGGCUGACCCUUGUCCAUCAGGUUUGGUUCGGCAACGGCCGUGUUAGUGGGCUGAGCACAGAGUAGCCCCCCCUCCCUUUUCCCGAUUUGCAAGGAUGAUUUUCAAUACUUGUCCCUAGUCCAGCCAGCCACGUCGAGACGCGAUAACCAGCUGUUAUUGCUAGUCAGCUACGGAGUACAGAGUAACUUACUCCGUACCUAGUGAACGAUUCAACCCUCUACGUUUGAGGUUCACGUUACGCUUCCACAGGGCCUAGUCCUUGCUUUGAUGCACGGGCGCCGUCGACUCGGUAGAUGAGCCACGGGCGUGCAAUAAGCUCGCAUUAGUGUGUGUGCACAAUGUUUACAAAUUAAUCGAUUGGUGGCUCAGGUUGGAAAUUGUUGAAGAUCAUCGACUGAGACCUAGAAAUCAAGAUCUGAUAACGUGAGAUGGCAGCAUUUCGCAUUAUCAUGGUUACGCAACUGCAUGCGCGUCUCUCGACGUUGUCUCUUACGGAACGGGCAAUCGGUUGCUUCAGCACGAUGCAAUCUCUCGUCAUUCUCGUAAAUCUGACAGCUCUCACUAACAGGAGAGAGAUAUCUCAGUCUCCUACUUAUCUAGAAACGUGCAGCAAUUGGAUGUAUGUAAUCGUUACGUGCACUAGUCUAGUGUCUGGAGAUCCACUGAUAUCUCUCGGAGGGAUAAAAAAGUCGAAUAUCUAAAAUCAGGGUCCUGCAGCCAUUGUGGACCUCAAACACGGCAACUCGUUGUGUCACCGAAGAGCCUCCAUCACCAUGUGGGCUUAACGGAGACGUCUAAUUGAUAGGGCCGACUCAUUACUCCUGCAGGACAGCCCAAAACGGUUCCCCAACAGCUAUACGACUCUUUGACUACUUAUCCCGGCCGGUGCCUAAGCAAGUUCCUUAGCUGCCUUGGAUCCUGGGCUAAAAACUUGCAGUCAAAAAACAAGAUCCGAGGUGGAUUUCCGGUCUCAGUAUCCGUAUACCUACAUCAGAUUCAAACUAUCAAACCCUGGAAUCAACCAAUGACUCAAACGACAACAACCACUCCCCCUUGCGUAUAACAGUUAUUGGAUCUCGCUUCACAGGCUCAUCCAAAAAAAAAAAAAAAAAAAAAAAAAAAAUUGAGCCCAACAAACCCAUCAUGAAACUCUAUUCGCCAGUGCCCUUGUUACGAAUCCCAUCGAGGCUCUUAUCGCUCAGCAUGUAUCCGUCUAUCAUGAUGUUGCUCCCAGGGCUUCUGCUCCCUUGGUCUGUGCCGUAAGCUCCGAUCCAGGUCGCAGCCACGUUCUCAUAUGUCCUAUUUUAGGAGUUUCACAUGUCAGCCUGUCACUUGUGUUAUGUUUAUGCCAGGAACAAGCGAUCGUUGAUCUCAAUAGUCCAAUCGGACCGGAAGAUCGACUUCAAAGCUUGGUUUGGUGUAGCUUACCUGAUUUGCAGCUCGUCAUGAUAGCGUUCUCUGUGAAAUCCAGCCAACAGACUGGGUGGGUAUCAAUUGAUUUGUUCUGUUUGUCUCACCGUUAGUUUUACGACACCUUCCAACCUGAAGCUAUCACAUAUCAAUCCUCGCAUUGAAACUUACAAGUACGGGAGGGAGCAUUGGAAUUCUAGCCCGCGGCUCCACAGGGUGUGCGAUAGCCAUUUCCUCGUCUUCGGUAUCUAGGUUCGAGUUUGAUCGCAACCUUGAGUUGGACGUGGUGGCCGUCUCAGCUCGCUGCAAAGCCGUAUAGCGCGAUGAGACAGAUCCACGGUGUCGUACAGAUUGCUAUAGUAGUCAAAUGCUGUCAGCGAUCGAGUCGUGUAAACGAAGUGGCGUAGAUUAAAGAUGUCACAGUGCAAUGCCGUGUAGCAUCACGUCUCCCGCCAUCGUCGAUGUUGGCGUUAAGCACAUACCGCCUUGGGUCGGUGAAGCAUGCCGACGCUGAAGUCCCACAGACAAAGACGCCCGUCUUCUCCCACGCUACCGAAACGAUAGUUUCGCUCAUCGCAUCUCCAAGGGUCAAAGGCAACGGCUGAUACCCAAGACUGGUGUCCCUGGCAUCUAGCUACCAGAGCCGAGUCCGACAGUGACCAUAUUGAUAUCAAGUCGUCUUGUCCACCAGUCAAUACGUAUUGGCCAUCUGGGGACCAACAAACGCAUGUUAGUCCUCCAUAAUAGGAAUAGAACACGUCGAGCAGCCUUGCAGCCCAGUCAGAUAAGCUUCUCAACAAGAUCAGGCGCCAGGAACUUCAACUCACUCUUCCUUCAGAUAGUCAAUAAUUCUUAGCGUGCCAUCCUCGGACACAACAGCCAAGUGUCGGUUAUCAGGCGAGAAGGAGAAGGCGUUGAUUCGAUGGUUGGAUAACUUCCAGGCGGCGACUGGAUUGACCUUUUGAUUUUUGGAAUGCACUGACUUGUUGAUUCGAAUAGAAUUGUAAUGAGCUCCGCCAUUGCUGGCAUCUAACGACUCACCACUCGUCCCAUUCACAUUUCCAUUAAUCGCUUCCUCUUCGGGGUUGAAUUGAGCAUCCUCUUUUCCUUGUCAUAUACAACCAACGACCCAUCCAUGUGAGCACCUAGAAAUAGUUUUCUGAUCUGGAAUCCAUCGGAUCGCCGCAACUGGUGUUCCAUAAUUGCGCCCUAAGAUAUGCUGUCAGCGGAUUGUCUGUCGAAAACUAGAUCCUGAGCACUAUCCUACAUUUUGUUCAGUCGUGUAUAUCGCUGCGAGAUCGGCUCCCACCAGAUAACCUCUCCAGUUGAGAAGCCCAUUAUAACGUCCAGAUGCGAGACGCUCUUGGUAUGGACAUUAACGUCGUGACAUAGACAAUGCGCUUUUGUGAAAAGAAUCUUGGUCAAAUAGUCUUGCUACUCGUGAUGUCAGUCGAGAUGUCCGAGGAUGGCCUCGCUACGCAACGGCACGAACCUUGGAUGACGAUGACAUGUCAAGCCACUGGAAGGCGCGGUUAAUGUUUGCAAAAGCAAAGAGGCCAUCAUUGGAUCGCUCUGUAAGUUUCUUAGACAGGCUUUCGUUAACAAUAACGCGAGAGAUGAAAGACGAGUUGCUCUUUGUCAUGUUGUUCUUGGGCUUUCUCUUCUUGUUCACAUCCUUGGUCGGCACCUGGGUAAGCAAAGCAUUGCCUUCGCCAAAAGCAGGUGCAGAACCAAUGGUAAUGGAGGUAGCCUGAGCAUCGCUUGUCGAACCGGUACGGCCCUCCUCACUCGUCUUGCCAUUUUCGGCAGAGUAGCGACCCUCGUUGGGAUGCUCCUGAAUACUGGAUGGGGCGCCACUCAGGGCGAGGGUGGUCGAAGAGAGUCCUCUAUACAGAAAGUUUGGAGCCGGACGACUCUCAAGGGCGAUGAGAGAGACUGAGGUACCGGCGCUGGCAGGCUGCGGGAGAGUCGAUAGCGGGUUCGGGUUCGGGACGGUGGCUUCGGAAGGAUGGGGCGGAGGUGUCGCAAGAUGUAAGUCUUCUUUAAGUGUAUACGUGCCUAGUGGGUUUCACUACGUUAGUCGAGAUGCCAUGAGAUCAUGGAGAGCUAUUGUCUACCUUCUCCGACCAGGAAUUGCCAUUCGGGACCUGUCGGAUUCGAUAACGUAUUGUUUGUCUCUAUCAUGGGAACAGGAUGUAUACCACCGGCGCCAUAAGGCCCCAUGGUGGGAUAUCGUGGCGGGGGAGGUAACACGCUGGAAUUCCAUUGUGUCAGUUUGUGUCGGGCGUAGACGAGCCGAUGCUCAAACGCCGGCGCAUGAGGAGAUUAUACGCAAUGGGGGGAGGGAGUGGACGUACAACAUGAUGGCGGUUCAGAGAACGCUUGUAUAUUUCCAAUGAGCUCUACAAUUGACAGAUUGAAUGAAGGUAUCGCGAUAUUUAGUCGCUACUGGAUGGAGGUGGAGGUAGAGGCGGAGGCGGAGGCGGAGGCGGAGGGGGCUGAAUGGCGAGAGGCACAGCAGUCGACGUUCGGAAUUGGAAGGUGCUUUACGUCACUGGAGAGCGAGGUAAUGGCCCUGAGAUAGCAAGACUCCCGUCGGCGAGUCCUAUACCUAGCGAUCGGUCGGCUCGUGGGUACCGCAGUAAGUAGAAGAGGUUGACUUGUGAGGCUGGGAGAAUAUAGCCGAGGACUGGUUGAGGUGAGAGGAGGAUUGGGGUUGGAUCAUCGGACUCGGAAGCCGCAGGUGCAGCUGCAGACGAUAGUGUGGGGUAAACUGGGGAAAACGCUAUCCAUUCUGGCCAUUCUAGGUAGCCAUUGCAACGGCCAGGGUUCCAGAAUGAAGCGCUAAUAAUGUAGGUAAGAUAGAUACCAUUAGGCGUGACUUAUUAGAUAUUAUGACAUUUAGCCAUUAUCCAGUACAGGCUGGCGGAAUACACACUUCUUCUGUC